CUAUGGCGUUCUCCUGCUGCCGGAAGUGGGUGCGGUGUGGAAAGUAUUCCGUCCAGGCCAAGUGCCAUUGUGACAAAGGUUCCGCUUGAGAAGAGCAGGUGGGACUCUCCGGUCGCAUCUUUUCUCACCAUGAACGAAGCAGAGUUGAUUGAAGCCUUUAAAACCCGGAUGGCAGAAGAUCCGGAUGUUGCCUCUGCUGUGGCUGCUAUCCAUAUCUUGCUGGUGUUUUUGAAGAAAGAUAAAGGUGAGACAAUUCAAGGCUUGAGAGCAAAUCUCAAAAAUGCGAUAGAAACGCUGUCUAGCGUUGACUCUUCAGUGGCCGUCUCUUCUGGAGGAGAGCUCUUCUUAAGAUUCAUCAGUCUCACCUCCUUGGAGAACCCGGACUACUCCAAAUGCAAAGAGAUCAUGAUUGAACGAGGAGAGCACUUUCUCUGGAGAAUCUCUCUUUCGAGAAACAAAAUAGCCAAACUUUGUCAUACGUUUAUCAAAGAUGGCGGGGGAAUAUUGACUCAUGCUUACUCGAAGGUGGUCCUGAGGGUGUUAGAAGCUGCAACAGAAGCCAAGAAACGCUUCAGUGUCUACAUCACCGAAUCACAGCCAGAUCGAGCAGGGCAAAAAAUGGCCAAAGCCCUCAGUAAGCUAGGCAUUCCUGUAACUGUGAUCCUGGAUGCUGCAGUUGGCUACAUCAUGGAGAAAGUAGACCUGGUGAUAGUUGGUGCUGAAGGAGUAGUAGAAAAUGGAGGAAUUAUUAACAAGAUUGGUACAAACCAAAUGGCUGUGUGCGCCAAAACUCAGAACAAGCCAUUUUACGUGGUUGCCGAGAGCUUCAAGUUUGUAAGAUUGUUUCCUCUGAACCAACAGGAUGUCCCAGAUAAGUUUAAGUACAAAGCAGACACACUGAAGAAAAGUAAGGCACUUGCAGAGGAGCACCCCUGGGUUGACUACACCUCCCCAUCAUUGAUCACUCUGCUCUUCACAGAUCUUGGGGUUUUGACCCCUUCUGCCGUUAGCGAUGAACUUAUUAAACUCUACCUGUAAGGUGUCCACCUUUGGUGCACUGAGGAUGAUAUAUUUGGCUGGAAGCACCUUCAGAGGGCAAGCAGUAACUGCAUAUAAGAGGGAACAGUUGCUGGUCAUCGGCUAUGUUUUUGCAGACAAUAGUAUUUCAGUUUGAUUGUAUGAAAUGCUCAUUGUGCUGUCUGAAAUCCUAAGUUAUUGGGAAUAAAUGGAUUUUCUAUGCAACA